AUGCGCACGGACGGAUUACCGUCUCGGAAACUCUCAAUCAGACGCAAGCGAAAGGAGAGGAGGCGGCUAAUUAAAUAUUGAGAGAAAGUCGCGUGGGGAGCGUGUCACGUGGGUCUCGAGCCUCAAGGAGACUGGAAUAAAUAGCGCGCCGGCAGCCAGCAGGCAAAAGAGCGCGCUGCUGACCUCCUUCUCCGCAAUUGCGGAGACGGAUUGCAGAGCGCCGGGCGAGCGCUCAGACCAGCCGGAGGAACCCCGCGGACGGUUCAGCUGUGAAAUCGAACAUGAAAAUCCUCGUGGCCUUGGCAGUCUUUUUUCUCGUCUCUACUCAACUGUUUGCAGAAGAAAUCGGAGCCAACGAUGAUCUGAAUUAUUGGUCCGACUGGUCAGACAGCGACCAGAUAAAGGAGGAGCUGCCGGAGCCCUUUGAGCAUCUUCUUCAGAGAAUCGCGCGGAGACCCAAGCCUCAGCAGUUCUUCGGAUUAAUGGGCAAACGGGAUGCUGAUUCCUCAAUUGAAAAACAAGUGGCCCUGUUAAAGGCUCUUUAUGGACAUGGCCAGAUCUCUCAUAAAAGGCAUAAAACAGAUUCCUUUGUUGGACUAAUGGGCAAAAGAGCUUUAAAUUCUGUGGCUUAUGAAAGGAGUGCAAUGCAGAAUUAUGAAAGAAGACGUAAAUAAACUACCUAACGUAUUAUUUAUCCAGCUUCAUUUGUGUCAAUGGCUGAUGAAAGGUAAAAUGAGACAGACGCUAUGAAGAAUAAUUAUUUAUUUAAUAAUAAUUGUUGUUUUGAGUUGAAAACUCAAAAAGUAUUUAUUUUUCAUAUUGUGCCAAGAUGUGUUGUAAAAGUGUGUUAUAAUUCUAACAUGGCAACUCCCUCAGAAAUAGAAAUCAGUGGUAAUUUCUCAACAAAGCAGUGUUCAAUGAAGUGGUAGGAACCUAUCAAUGAUACAGUCUCCAAAGAAAGAAAUAAUUUCUGUUUCUCAAGAGCAGUCAUAUCAGCGACGUGUGAAGAAAGGAAACUCACAGAUAUGCUGUGCUUCUCCAUUUGUUUUCAUGGUGAAAAUGUACUGAGAUUUGGUAGCAAACUGUGGUGUAUCCCUGAAGCAUGUUUCAUGGUUUAUGACUAUAUAGAGAUGUUUUAAAAGUUUUAAUGUGAUUCUAAGGUCUUAAUUUUAUUGUACAAUGUGUUGUGAUAGUUAACAUUUUAAAUAAAAGAAAAAAUAUCUUGAGAA